UUUGUUAUGUUAAUGUGUGUCAUAGAAGGGGACCCUGGUCCUGAAGGAGAUGCUAAAGAUUGACAGUACUGGAACAGGAAGCCUCUCUUCCCAGGAGGCAGCCAACAGCUCCGCCCCUGGUGGCCAGCAGCAGAACAGGAGACGAUCGUCCAAGAAACUAGCAGCUAAUAUGAACGCCCCUCAUGGCGACACAGCUGUAUUAGCUUCUCCCACAUCAGUCACCUCUGCCAACCACACCAACGCUGUGCUGACCAGUAAGGUGUCAGAGCUGGCACGUGUCUGUGUGGGGUUAGGAAUGGCACCACCCGAGUUCAGCUACAUAGGCAACAGACAGGGUGUAGUAGUGUGUCAGGUGAAGCUGUCCAGCGGGUUGAUGGUUCACGGCCCUCAGUGCCAAUCAGAAAAUGAUGCCAAGGAGAAAGCUGCCUUCUUUGCCCUCCAACGUCUGAACUCGUUGGGAUCAGGCUCCCCCCUCCCACCUCCUAUAUACCCAGGAGUGGGUCAGAUUCGGCCCCCACCCAUAGGAGCCAUGCCCCCAGUCUUCAGCCAACAAGGUGGUCUGCUGUUACCUCCCCAGGGCUACGCCCCUGCCCCGCUGUGGGGAAUGACGCCACCUCCUCACCACCACCAAAACCAACCUUUCUAUGGAGCAGCGGGAACUUUCCCUGGUUCUGCCCACCACCAGCCUGCAGCAGCACUGCCCAUCGGCUCACAUAACCAGUUUAUUCCAUUACAGGUGACUAAGAAGCGAGUCUCAGCCAACAAGAAGAAACAGGAAACUCAAGAGUUCUACAGCGCCAGCCAAACCGUGGCCAAGCAUCAAUCACAGAAAGCCCAGAAGCAGCCCUCUGGCCAAUCACAGGCUCAAAGCGGUGACGUCAUCCCGCCACACCAACAUACUGCCAACAGCAUCCAACCAACCUCCUCUCCCAGUCCAGGUCUAGCGGACAGUGUUUCUACGACGACGGCAGCCCCACACACGCCCGUUAGAAUCAUCCAACAACACCACUGGUUCCUGACCCAGCCCAAGCUCUCUGAGAAGACGAGGAACAACUCCCCAAAAUCCUCAGCACGUAUGGAAAUUGGGAAGAAACCUCGGAAGAGGCAAUUCAAAGAGAGAUCCCCUCUACACGGACGGCUGGGCCUUACACAGGACCUUGAGGUGGGGAAAAAGUCCAGUAUCAGUACCAUAAGAUAG